UCGUAAGGCUAACAUAUGUGGAAUUCUUAAUGUUCCCAUUGCAGUGUUGAAAAUAACUUGUGGCUCCUUAUUAGGUUGUCUGCCUUCAUAAUGGUCACUUGGGGAUGCACAAACACCUGCUAAUGGCUGAUAGCAAACAAAUUGCAGCUCCCACCAGUGGAACAUGUGAUACUGAGGUCACACAAACUGUUUACAAAUUUUGUUUUCCUCUAUUCAAGAUUUUCUAUGUCAGUUGAUUGGAUUAUAGUGACACCUUUAAGUUUAAAUCAAUACGUUUAUAACACCAGUAGUACUCCAAAAUAACCAUACAUACCACUUUGUUGCUCAGAUGUAUUCCUCAUGGGUGAUUAGUUGGUCCGUCCCUGAAAUGCUAUAAAAGGUUUUGGAUCGAGGCCUCUUCAACUCUGGGGGGAGGGAAUGUAAAAGUGAUGAGUAUAACACAUCUUCUCAGUCUGUGACUUUCCGUUCUUACUGUUCUUGUCAUCAAUAGCAUUAGUGCUCAGGAAAAAUGGUCAGCAAGUUAACACCAGAGCAGAUUACAGAGUACAAAGGAGUUUUUGAGAUGUUUGAUGAAGAAGGAAAUGGAGACGUGAAGACGCAGGAGCUGGAGAGACUGAUGAGUUUAAUGGGAAUCAAUCCUACGAAGAGAGAGCUCAGCCAAAUGGCCAAAGAUGUGGACAAAGACGGUAAAGGGAUCUUUAACUGUGACAGCUUCCUUGGUCUCAUGGCGUUGUACCAUGAAAGAACCAAGAACCAGGAUGCUGAACUCAGAGCUGCAUUUAAGGUGUUUGACAAAGAGGCCAAAGGAUAUAUUGACUGGAACACACUCAAAUAUGUACUGAUGAAUGCAGGGGAACCACUAAAUGAGAUCGAGGCAGAGCAGAUGAUGAAAGAGGCAGACAAAGAUGGAGAUGGAACCAUUGAUUAUGAAGAAUUUGUAGCCAUGAUGACUGGAGACUUGUUCAAAAUGAGCUGAAGAGCCUAUUCUGUCUGCACAUACAAAUAAUAAAAAACAAGGAGACUUUUUCUUUUUAGCUUUGAACGUAUGUGCAAUCAUUACAUA